GAUCCUCCGGUGACAUCACACAUGAGCCCGGUCACAUGACGCCAUGUCAUCACACGGCCUCCGCUGCUGGUGUUUCUCAGCUACAGACAGGGAACCGGCUAACGACUCACCGUAACGGGAGGAGCUGGGAGAGGAAUCUACUGUUAUGGAUUACUGGAUCCUUUGGUGAGAGACCCGUGUACCACGGGAGAAGGAUAUGGCUUUUCUGGACAAUCCCUUGAUUAUCUUGGCCCAUAUCCGCCAGUCCCACGUGACCAGCGAUGACACAGGCAUGUGUGAGAUGGUUCUCAUUGACCAUGAUGUGGAUCUAGAGAAACUUUACCCAUCGUCCGUUUCCGGAGAGAAUAUCUCGCAGCCACAAGGGAAUGGAGAGACUCAAAGCUACAUUUACUCCCAGUCUGUGGAUAUUACAUCUAGCUGGGACUUUGGUAUAAGAAGGAGAUCGAACACAGCUCAGAAACUGGAGCGCCUUCGUAAGGAGCGACAGAACCAGAUCAAAUGUAAGAAUGUGCAAUGGAAAGACCGGAACACAAGCCAUUCAGUUGAGGAACUGAGUUCAUUAUUUGAAAAAAAAAACUUUAAGGAAAGAGCACCACCGAGCGGGAAGCCGUCCAUACUGUCUGUGCGCCUGGAGCAGUGCCCGCUGCAGCUCAACAAUCCCUUUAAUGAAUACUCCAAGUUUGAUGGCAAGGGCCAUGUUGGUACCACAGCCACCAAGAAGAUUGAUGUGUAUCUCUCAAUGCAGACUAGCCAGGACAAGCUACUGCCAAUGACUGUGGUGACUAUUGCCAACGCCAAGGUGCAUGACCUCAUCGGGCUGAUCUGUUGGCAGUAUACCACCGAAGGCCGGGAGCCAAAGCUGAAUGAUAACGUGGACUCGUUCUGCCUGCAUAUAGCGGAGGACGACGGAGAGGUCGACACUGAUUUCCCCCCGCUUGAUUCCAAUGAGCCUAUACACAAGUUUGGUUUCAGCACCCUGGCUCUUGUGGAGAAAUAUUCCUCCCCUAACCUUGCAGCUAAGCAGUCUCUGUUUGUAAGGAUAAAUGCAGCUCACGGAUUCUCCUUGAUCCAGGUGGACAGUACGAAUGUGACCAUGCGCGAGAUCUUAGAGAAAGCUCUGAAACGAAGGAAGGGAUCACAGAGGAACUCAGGUCCCCAGUAUCGGCUAGAGAAGCAGAACCAGCCGAAUGUCCCGGUAGACCUGGAUCGUACGCUGGAGAGUCAGAAUUCUGUGGAGUUCUGCUUGGUCAGAGAGAACAGUUCAAGAGGAGAGGAGCCCCAAGAGGAAGAGACACAAAUAGACAUUGCAACCGUGCAGGACAUGCUGAGUAGUCAUCAUUAUAAGUCCUUCAAGGUCAACAUGAUUCACAGACUGCGAUUCACCACGGAUGUCCAGCUGGGGAUCUCCGGCGAGAAGGUUGAGAUUGACCCAGUGACAAAUCAGAAGACUAGCACAAAAUUCUGGAUCAAACAGAAGCCGAUAUCUAUCGAUUCAGACCUGCUUUGUGCUUGUGAUCUUGCAGAAGAGAAAAGUCCAAGCCAUGCAAUGUUCAAGCUGACCUACCUCAACAACCACGAUUACAAACACCUGUACUUUGAGUCUGAUGCGGCUACUGUUAAUGAAAUUGUCUUAAAGGUUAAUUACAUAUUGGAGUCCCGAGCCAGCACAUCCCGGGCAGAUUAUUUGGCUCAGAAACAGAGGAAACUGACCAGGAGAACCAGCUUCAGCUUUCAGAAGGAGAAGAAGCCGGGUUAGAAGGACUUGGUGGGACAAUAGGACCUCAGAGAGAACCUGCCAGUGAGCCUCCUGCAUCCUCCUCUUAGAGACAUAUACGCACGAGACCAAGGACUUUAGCUUUGAGGAUGCCACCCUAAAAUCAAGUUUUGUGUAUAGAGGAUCAACAGGCCCAACUUGAGUUUAUUGCCAUUUUGUCUAAGCCUAAUGCCCAGAACACUCAGCGUGCAUUGAACAGGCUGUGCCCAGUUUUGUGACCUCAUUGAUUUUCUUUAGAACUGUGUACCCCACAGCGAGGUGGACAACAAGAGCUGGACAAGGUAAAACACAUCCCUGUGUUAAGACCAUCUCAUAGACAUAACUCACCUUAGCAGGAUCCGACUAACCAUUUACAAAAUGCUGGAAUUUGUUUAAUUCCUCUUAAAGAUAAGUUUGUGUGAUCCUAUAUUUCAGUGUAUCAGAAAUGGGCCAUGUGAAUAUUUGUUAUGUCAGAUCAGCUUUUUAAAAUUAAAAGGUGAGAACUUUG